CUAACGUCGCUUAGGAGCGAGAGACGGGGACGGGGGCAGAAAGUUUAGGUAGUGUUAAAACCCGGUUCUGAGCGGCGGUUUCGGGUUUAAACUCGGGUUUAUUCGGCGUUUAGUGCGGGUUUAGCUCAUUAAACCUGGUUUAAGGGCAGAGUAAGGGAGGAAUGCGCGUUUUGGGCGAGUUUACACGAAGUUUUAAGCUGCUGCCGCCGCUGUUUCAUUCAUGACAAGUUUCUCUGACGUUUGUUAGCCUGAAGCUAACUAGGCUAAGCUAACUCAGCUAACUAAGUUAGUUUAGUGACUGUAGCCUGGCUAGUUUUAACUCGACAGCUAGCUUUAGCUAACUGAGCCUCUCUCAGAGGAGAAAUACGCGCUUCACUCGCUGAUUAUCUCUCCUAAAGAAGAAGAAGAAGAAGAAGAAGAAGAAGAAAAUGACGGGCAGAGAAGAGGAGUAUGACUAUCUGUUUAAAGUGGUGCUGAUUGGAGACUCUGGUGUCGGGAAGAGUAACCUGCUGUCCCGUUUUACGCGCAAUGAGUUUAACCUGGAGAGCAAAAGCACCAUCGGUGUGGAGUUUGCCACCCGCAGCAUCCAGGUAGAGGGCAAGACUGUCAAAGCUCAAAUCUGGGACACCGCGGGCCAGGAGAGAUACCGUGCCAUCACCUCAGCAUACUACCGUGGUGCAGUGGGUGCUCUCCUGGUGUACGACAUCGCAAAGCAUUUGACGUACGAAAAUGCAGAGCGUUGGCUGAAGGAGCUACAGGACCAUGCUGACAGCAACAUCGUCAUCAUGCUGGUGGGCAACAAAAGCGACCUGCGGCACCUGAGGGCCGUGCCAACAGACGAGGCCAAGGCAUUUGCAGAGAAACAUGGGCUUUCUUUCCUUGAGACUUCUGCUUUGGACUCUUCUAAUGUAGAGCUCGCUUUUCAAACCAUUCUUACAGCAAUCUAUCGCAUCGUUUCUCAGAGGCAGAUAUCAGGGCGUGGCGAAGCUGAUUUCUCCCCCAACUCCAACGUAGUGCCCAUCACAGUGCAGCCCACCCAGAGCUCCGCCAAGCAAACCGUCUGCUGCCAGAACAACUGAGCAGCCACCACAGCACCACGGGAUCAUGGGUAAAACCGACAUCAGGCUGGCCACAAGCUGCAGGAUGAGUCUCGCACACGUACAAGUCACUCACUAUGCAGCCUGUCAUUAGCACAUGCAACAAGCUUUAUCGGUUAUGCCCUUAAUUUAGCAAUUUAUAAGCUUUAACGGUGGAGAUGGAGAGAAAGGAACAAGGAUUUUUUUUUAUAUAAAUCUGAACUGGACUGAUAUAUAUUCAAAUAGUUCUGUAUAUUUUCUCACUAGUUCGAGAUUACACUGGGAAAAACAUGUUUUUAUGCACUUUUGUCAAAAAUAAGAAAAAAAACAAAGCAAAAAAACUAGUUACAAACAAAAUGCUGGAAAAUACAAUAUGCAGUGGUACUCAAGAGAAAGCAGACACUGUUUUUAUUAUAACAGUUUUAGAUAGAAAUGGAGGACACUACAGUGAAUGAAAUGAAAGUCUGUGCAUAUUAUUUUAUUAUUAUUAUUAUUAUUAUUAUUAUUAUUAUUAUUAUUAUUAUUAUUAUUAUAACAACCAUUACACCUUGAGUCUAUUAAAGGGAAGGAUGCCCAAUAUUUAAUGGCAUCCUUGAACAAGGGAAACACAAAACAAUUCAGAAUUUAUCUCAUGAUGUCCUCCUCUAUAUUGUGUCUUUGUUUUUUUUUUAAAGCUCAAGUAGUAAAGUGACCUCUUUUUAUUUAAUACAUUAAAAUAUCAGAGAUUAUUUUGUUGAGAUUAAAUGGUGAGAGCCUGUGGAUUUAAAAAAAAAAACACAUCACAGCAGAUUUGUUGUCUCGUGGUGAUGUUAAUUUGUUGUUCUGCCUACAUUUAAGACUUUCUUUUAUUUAUGGGUUUAUGAAUUUAUUGUAUGUCAAUAAUUAAUACUGUGUUCUGUACAUAGGACACAGCUUACUAGGGAUGCACCGAUAUGAAAAUGUUUGUUCGAAACCAAAACUAUGAGUUAUGAAAUUAUGAAAUAAAAAAACAGAAAUUGUACAGAUUUUUUUUUUUUCAUUUUGUUUAAAUGUUUAAAUUAAAUAAGCUAAAUUAGUUUUUGUUUUGCUUUUUAAAGUAAAAACAAUUAAUAAACUAUACAAGACAAUUUAAAUCAAAUAUCUAUUGGACGCCGAUCUCAGCAGACAACAAAGCACAAUAUAACUGAAUAAAUAAUUCAGUGUUUUUAGUUAUUUGGCCAAACAUUUAAAAUAUUUUGCCCUUUUCAGACAAAUAAUUUUGAAUAUUCUAAUAUCUGGUGCAUCCCUACAGUGUACUCUGAGCUUAAAGUGUCUGUCAUUUUAAGUUAUUCGACAGCUUUGCUUCACAUGUUCAAUAGAGAUGAUUGUUAGUUUAUACUUCACAUGCUGUAAAUGAUGUACUUGGAAACAUGCACAAUUAGCACAAAUUUUUCUUUUUCUUUUUUCUUUUCAGUGGUUUUGUUGAGAUUGUCUUGAUGAAUGGAUUUAAAUGGAUCUGUCAUGCAUUAACGUCUUUUUUGGUGUUCUUCUUUCGGUAAUAGUGAUUUCUAUCCUAUUUUGUUUCCCCCUUGCGGCUAGAAAACAGAGAGGCAGGGACUAAGACCCAGGCAGGAAGCAGGCGCUCUCAGGCUGGAGGCUCAUCCUCUAGGUGGAUGUAUUAUGUUGCAGGAUUGAGCAACAGUGGCGCUGGGAGCUGCUCACUGAGGAGUUUCUGAUGUACUGGAAGGGGCUUGUCUUACUGUAAGUGAAAUCCUCAUUGACCACCACUAUGAUCUGCCAUAUGUAACCUGAAGAGAGCCAUACCCUCCGGGAUCCCUGUUAAUUGUGUCCCAUCUCUCUCUCUCUAGCAAGCACUCCCUCGCUCUUUCUAGUUCUAGUAAUUGUGGAAAAAUAGCUAGGUGGUGUGGUCAAAAGGGUUCAGGGCUAAAUUUGUAGGUCAGGUUAGGAAAAGGAAAGUGCACUGUGGGGAAAGUCGUAUAAUCAUUGUUUACCAACAGUAACAAGCUAUUUAAUCUACUUCAGAAAAUACUGCACAAUCACAGUCUGCCACACCUAAAUCAUAUUGCUACUUUCAUGCAAAAUCCUUGUAUCUCCCUCUUAAAUCUUUCUUAAUCAUUCUGCUUAGAGAACAUUUUGAGUCUCUAUAUCUUAUUACAGUAAGGUGUUGAACUUGACCCAACCUGUUUGUACCAUCUCUACUAAUCAUUAGAGCAUUUAAAAAAGAGUACUUUUUAAAAAUAUGAUGCUUAUACAAGUGUUUGUCUGUAAAUCACAGUCCACACUUUUUAAGAUAAGCAUAUUUUUACCAGCAUAUUACAGUUAACCUGAUUAAAAAGUCAUAAAAUUAAUAGCUUACAUGUUAUUCUGCUUGAUUAUUAUCAUUUAUCUGUAUUUAUGUUUUAUGUUCAGAUUUCUUAUCACACAGUGUGACCUCAAACGUUUGGCAGUGGUAUAUUGAGAAUUAAUUUGCAAAAUUGUUUAAAAAUGCUAUUUUUUAAACAUAUAUUUAUCUGAUUUUGAAAAUGAACAAAUUGAUUUUAUUAAUAACCCAACUACUUAAACUGUCGAGUACAUAAAGGGUUAACUAUUUGACGAACCCUGGCUUUAUCAUUCUGUUAAUAAUGCAGAAACUACUGUGAAUUAUUUGGUGAAACAUCAUUAUAUUUAGCGGAGACCCACAUGGUUCUAUUUUAGGGCCUAUAAUACUGAUGACACUUAUAAGAGUGAUGCAGAUAUAAGGGUUAAUAAUUGAAGUGUAGGACUAUGUCAACUUUGAAUGGAAGGCAAUGUAAAAUAAUGUUAUACUAAUAUACAAAUUUAAGUAAUUUUGGCACAUUUCUGUAAGUCCAUUAACAACAAAAUUCAGACAGAGUGUAAAGAAGAAAUUAUUAUAGAGAUACAAGGUUCUUGCAUGACAGCAACGGUACAUGAUUUAAAGGCAUUUUCAGGUUCUUAGUAAAAAGGGAAAAAAAAGAAAUACUUGUUGACUUUAAGUGACAGUUAUAAUAGGAAACAGUGGGUGUGGCAGGUGUUAAAGUGACCAGAAAUACUCUUGAGAUUAAGCUAAAAAAUUCUAAUAAAAAUAAAGAAGAGACCAUAUACUGUGUAAAGUAUGUAUACGACCUGUGUUAACUGUGUUUAGCAGUGAUCACAGAUUAUUGCUCAUUUUUACAACAGUUUUCCGUGUAUUCCUGUUUUAUGUACAACACCUAACAAAAACGAUUUUCAUACAGAGUUAAUUUUAUGCUUUCUUUAAUAAAGACUGUUCUUAAUAAAACAAUCGCUGCAUCAGAGCUUCAAGUAGGGUGCAACAAUACCUUUCACCCAAUAAUAAUAAUAAUAAUAAUAAUAAUAAUAGUUGUAACAAAAAUAAUAAUAAUAGUUUCAGUUUAAAAGGGCAAUAAGGUUUGUUGGGUUUGUUUUCCCAGAACACUAAUGGAAAAUUACAUACUAUUCCACUGCACUGAGAGCGGAACAUUACAUGGUGAUGUGAAAUUAAGGCUCACAGCAGUCUAUAAGCUGGGGCUGUAUAAAAUGCCAUUCUUUCCUGUGGUAUUCAGCAGAAAUAUGCACCUUACAUCUUAUUGUGCUCACAUAACUGGACGUGUGGCCGACCAUGUGACCCUGAAUGAAAAUGCCUUGGACAAGUUAAAUAAGACAAAGGAAAAAAGAGAAAAUGUGACUUUGCUGUUUCUGUUAGCACUAGUGGUGGUGUUCACACUGGACGGGAUGGAAGAGUGUUAUGUUGUUUUUUUGGUUAUUUUAUUUCUGUGUAAUAUAAAUAAAGUGUAUAUUUGCGCUUGCCUCA